GCUUCGACUCUGUACGCUGACAGUGACCACAAAAGUCGUCGGUACAUCAUGCCCGAUGACGGUGACGAACGAAUCCUGCGCUGAAUAUCGUCCGAUGUUUUUUUCAAACGCAGCGCGAGUUUUAUCGAUUCAGACUCCGACGGGGAUAAAAUUCAUACAGUGCAAAUGAGACUAAUAAAAUACGCUUGCCUUAACAUGGGUACGGGUAAUUCAAAGGUCAGAAAUCGUGGCGGUAAAAAGAAAACGGAAAAAGAACAGGUUCCAACGAAAGUGAACGACGUCAAUGCACGCGACAAUAUCACGACGGAUUUCGGUGCGGCCUACGAUCCGGAAUUGUCCCGCAUGCGUCGCAGCUUGGAAAAGGAUCAGCAAGGAUUUAUUCUCAACAAUCUGAUGCUAUGCGUGCAAUUUUUCGAAAACUACGACCAAGAAAUUCUGGAUAUCAGGGCGAGGCCGGUGUCUCGAGAGGAGAGCGAUCUGAACACCAUUCUGUCGCAGAGUCAGAAACACGUAUUGCUACCGGACGUACUUCAGGAACAGGUGGCACGUCACGUUAAAUUCACGUCGGCCAGACAGACCGAAAAGUUAACGGUCGAACCCCUCCAACCCGUGAGAAUGUUUAUCGUCCUCGACAACGUUGACGUUAACGAAAUUGCCGAGGGACCGGAAUACACUCUACUCACCGACGUUAUAGUCUACAACAUGUGCCUAGAAUCUAGCCGCAAUCAGGGCUUCGUGAAGCUCAGAUCGCUCGAAGUCACGCCGGCGAUGAAAGGUCAGGCGAACGAAAGUUCGGACUCGGAUCUUUCCUCGAUAGCCGAGGACGACGACGAGAUUUACAACGGCGAGGACAUGUUCGAGCCGAGGGACAAUCCGGGCUUGAGGUUCCUAUCGAAGGUCGAGAAGCACGCGAACUCCAUGGGAAAGCCGAUUAUCACGAAAUCGCUGACCGAUCUGAGACACCGCGACGGCGCUAACGAGGAAAUCAACCGAGUUCAGUCCCAAACGAAUUUGACGCUUCAGGGACAAUCCGCGGAGGAAUCCCCGUACGGCGGAACGUCGGAGCGAAGACUCAGCGGUCGAAUAAAACCACCCUCGAACGCCGUGCUGCGGGCGCAGCUCGGACAGCACAAAAAAUUGAACGAAUUGAAGAGCAGACACCAGAAUACGCAGCAGCAAAUUCAGCAGAGUCAGCGGAGCGCGGAAGCUAGUCCGGCGAGCAGCGUGAGGAGCUCCGGGUACAGGUCGGGAUCGUCCGGCAACAAUUACGUGAUCGACAGCGAUUCCGAUUACGGAUACGCGACGAUCACCAGUUUCAACACACCCAAGCCGUUGGUCAGACCGGCGAACAUACCCGCCUCGUCGUCGGAGAUACCGGCGACGUGUUUCAAGAAGAUCGUUUACACCAGAGACGGCAAAGUGUACAGUGAGAAGGCCGAGAGGAUCCAACUGCAGAACAGACAGCAGAGGAGGAUAAGGAAGGCUCUGCAGAGGCAGAACGAGGACAGGUUGUACCUGAGGAGUGACAAGUUCAUGCACUACUUCCAGGACCUGUUCGCCAACCGUUUGGCGGGUCCUCUGAGGUUCGAGACGGAGGACGUCGACGAGGCCACCAGACAAGGGGCGAUCAUUUACUGCGACACGGUGGAUUUUUUGGAGAAGAAUCGCACCCUCAUCGUUCCUUACGAAAUCGUACCCAGCAUACCGGCCGCGUGGCCCGAAUGCGGCGACGAAUGGCUCCACAGGGUCAGACCUGAGAUCCUCGACCCCGCGAGCAGCGUGAUCUACGUAUGGCCGACGUCCAAGAUGAUACAGAAGGUGAAGAAGUUCGGGUGCCACAUUAUACCGGAAGGAUAUAUGCCGAAGAGACAGACGAAUCCUAAUCACGCGCUGGAGUGGCAGUUGACCUUUCCGGCCGUGGAAAGGUACCUGGAAACCUGUCUGAGUCACGCGCAGGUUCGAGUCUAUCUCCUGGCGCUUAUGCUGCACAAAACUUUCAUAAGGCCAGUCGAUACUACCUUCGGACUCACCACGUCCCACAUUCGGACGCAAUUGUUCUGGCUGCUGGAGCAAAAUUAUUCGCCGUCAAUGUGGCCGGAGAACCGUGCCGGUGACAGCCUGAGGAGAUUGCUGAAGAAACUGUACGCCAGUGUUUCCCAAACGCAGCCGUGUCUCCCCGAUUAUUUUCUGAGCAAGAAAAAUCUAUUCGCCAAUAUUCCGAAACAGUAUUUGCUGCUGACCCAAAAACAGUUGAACCGAAUAAUCGACAAUCCCGUUAUGUACGUACUGACGUCCAUGGAGAAUAUCAGAUACAAGCCCGAAUUUUUUCCCGUUUUGGAUUACAAAAAGUUAUUCAAAAUACUGACGGUGGAGAGCAACGAUUUGAUGGGAGUGAUAAAUCCGGCGUUGACGAGGGUCGACAGACCCCUCGCCACUCAACCCCAAGUCGAAGAGAUGGAAAUAUUCGACGAAAGAUUCGACAGGGUCGGAGGCUUUUGGGUAAAAGUCAAAACGAAGGAAGACCCGCUCUACGAACGAGUACAAAAAAGUAUUCAACACAAAAACGUGCUGAACAGAUCCAACAAGGGUACCCAGCAAUUGGUCGUCGAAAUAUCGCAACGAUGCGGCGAGUUGCAGGGCCUGAGGCUCGUAGCAUUCCUCGACAUGUUCGUCAAGCAUUUCAUACAGAUGGCGGAACGUUGUUACCACUACGGUUCGACGAAGCAGAAGGACGUUUACCUCAACCAGGCGGAACGUCUGACGAUGAUAUUGUACGAACAGGCGAACGGCAAGGAGGACGCCAAACGUUACUUGGACGAGAUCGGCGCCCUGAGGCAAAAAUUGUCGCGACCAAAGCCCCAGAGAAACGCCCCCGAAAUACCGAGGCGCAACGAUCAGCCGAUAAUCAGCGUACCGAUGAACCAACACUUCGCCGAUGGAUCUGAAGCACCCGGGGUCGGCCUAUUCGUACCUUACAUCGGGGAGACCAAGGAGUACGACAUCUAUUACGCUCCGACGCAGAGGCGACCGACGGUCAAUUUCCAAAAUCAGACAACAGAACUGGAACACGACGGCACCGUGACGAUCGGCGAGGUCAACGACGUCACCCUGAAAAGUCCCGGACCCAACACCCCCCGAGGAAAGGGACAGGCCCGGAUCGUCAGCUUGGUCGAGGAAACUGAAGACAAUUCGUUUUUGACCGAUUCUACCUACAUCUGAAACGGCGUAUCGGAACACCGUAGGCUUCGCUGACGCGGAGUCGGACGGUGGAGGUUUUUUUUUUUCCAACCGAUUAUCGGCGGCGUCGAAAAAUAGGCAUCGAAUCGUUCUCCGAUGGGAGAACGAAACGUUUUUUAAAAUCGUCUGUGAUUAAGCGCGUGGUGAAUGCAGUAUUUACCGUAGAAAUUAUCUGUUGAUUUGAUAAGCUAGUUUUUAGGUAAGUUAAGAAAGAAUUAUUUAACGUCAAAAAGAAACGGUGAUUUAGAUUAAUUGAUUGAGUGAGUGAGCGGUACAAAUAGAGAGAGAGCGAGAGAGAGAGAGAGAGAGUGGAUUCUAUUGUACAAUUAAAUCGUGUCUUCCCGCCAAGAUCGUUAUUUAUAUUUUUAAUUUCGGCGUGCUUGAAUGAAACGGAAACGAGAAUAAAGAGAAAUAGAAAAAAAAA